UUUUCCCGUUUCUUUAAUCCUGUAUCUCUCUUUUUCAUUUUUUUCUUUCCCUUUUCCGUUUUUGCUUCCAUCUUUCUUUUGUUAAGCCAAAUGUCACAUCCACAAGAUAGUCACUUUCCUUUAAACAAUUCUCAUCAACAUAAUAGCCAAGCAUACCUCAACCUGAUAAACGAACUGAAUCAGCAAGUAGCAGAAAAUGAACCAGAAGAUAUUUUGCAAUUUUGUACUACCUUCUUUCUAAGAAAAUUGGAAAAUGAGCGCGCAGAAUCACGUCAAUAUGAUCAACACCCUCUUGCCACACCAGGAACAUCAGCGUUUCAGGAAAACGAUAGCUUAGGACCUGAUUUCAAUCCCUCUUUAAUACAGCAUCAACAAGACCAAGAUAUGCAUGACGAGGAUGACGAUGAAGAAAGGGAUACAAUAGCCGAUGAUAUGCCAAACCUUUCUAUUCCCAAUAUGUCCAACAGAGGCCGACGCACCUCAGUCAGUGCUGAAUCCAUGCAGCCCACUCACCAUACAGAAAAAUUUGUUAAAACUGUUAUUCCAAAAAGUGAAGAGCAAUGUGCUCGUAUCCGUACUGCUAUUGGGAAUAACUUUUUAUUCAAAAACUUGGAUGAGGAACAAUAUCACGAUGUGGUGAAUGCGAUGGAAGAGAAGCAAGUGACCGCAAAUACACAUGUUAUCGAGCAAGGCGGUAUAGGCGAUUUCUUUUAUAUUGUGGAAUCCGGAAAUUUGGACUGUUUCAUCAAUGGACAAAAGGUCACUUCUUAUGGCCCUGGAGGAAGUUUUGGUGAGUUGGCUUUGAUGUACAAUGCACCCAGAGCAGCUUCCAUCAUUGCCGUCACGGACUGUAUUUUGUAUGCCUUGGAUCGUGUAACGUUCCGUUCCAUAUUAAUGGAAAACACUGCUCAAAAAAGACGCAUGUAUGAGCGAUUUUUGGAAGAAGUACCUAUUUUCAAAUCGCUUGAAGCCUACGAAAGACACAAAAUUGCAGAUGCAUUAGAAUCCAUUCAGUUUGAGGAUAAUGAAGUUGUCAUUCGCGAAGGUGAUGCUGGUGAUAAUUUCUAUUUGAUUGAAAACGGUGAGGCUGUCUUUUAUAAGAGUUUGCCUGAUGGUAGUCAGCAAGAAGUGAAUGUCGGAAAGAAAGGUGACUAUUUUGGUGAGCUUGCCCUUUUGAACGAUAAACCUAGAGCUGCCACUGUUGUUGCUAAGGGUAAGCUUAAAUGCGCUACUCUUGGUAAGAAAGCCUUCACAAGAUUGCUUGGUCCCGUCAUGGAUAUUUUAAAACGUAAUUCUGAGAAUUACCAUGCUGUACUCCAACAAGCCAACAACGAUCAUUAAAAAGGGAUUGUCUCCAGUUCUCUGCUUUUCUUGCUGUAGUUUUAUUUAUAUCUGAACCCUAAUAUGAAUUGAUUCAGCGACUUUUUUUACUUUUUCCCCUUUUACAAUUCUACAAAAGUACAUUCGCUUGCUGCUUGAAUUCUAUAGCCCCAGCCUAUUACUGUUUUGUUAUGGAAUCUGUUAUUUAUUUUGAAAAGCAACAACAAGAUAAUUUAUGUGCUCAAUAUGCUUUAAAGUAACCGAAAAAUUCUUUGGGAUGGACAUAAACCUGGUCAACUUAAAGUUAUAUACUAGUUCAUUGUUACAGGGCAACUACU